CCUCCUUUCCUUCCCGCUUUCCCCGGGAGAAACAUGGCCGGGAGCAGCGAGGAGGCGCCAGACUACGGGCGAGGCGUCGUGAUUAUGGACGAUUGGCCAGGAUAUGACUUGAAUUUAUUCACAUACCCACAGCACUAUUAUGGGGAUUUGGAAUAUGUCCUCAUACCUCACGGCAUCAUUGUGGACAGAACUGAACGGCUGGCUAAGGAUAUUAUGAAAGACAUAGGAUACUGUGACAUUAUGAUUCUGUGUGUGCUUAAAGGAGGUUACAAGUUCUGUGCCGAUCUUGUAGAACACCUUAAGAACAUCAGUCGAAAUUCAGACAGAUUUGUCUCUAUGAAGGUUGAUUUCAUCAGACUAAAAAGUUACAGGAACGACCAGUCCAUGGGCGAGAUGCAGAUAAUUGGAGGCGAGGAUCUUUCAACACUGGCUGGAAAGAACGUCCUCAUUGUUGAGGAUGUCGUUGGAACCGGGAAGACCAUGAGGGCCCUGCUCAGUAGCAUAGAGAAGUACAAGCCCAACAUGGUUAAGGUCGCCAGUUUGUUGGUGAAGAGAACACCUAGAAGUGACGGCUUUAGACCCGACUAUGUUGGAUUUGAGAUUCCAAACUUAUUUGUGGUGGGUUAUGCCUUAGAUUACAACGAAUACUUCAGAGAUCUGAAUCACAUAUGCGUGAUCAAUGAGCAUGGCAAAGAAAAGUACCGGGUCUAAAGGAGUCAAUUCUCACCAUUGACUCUCCAGAUAACAUCGUAACUUACGACCACAGUUGGAAAGCCAGCAUGUAGAGUUUGUCUCCCCAGGCAUCUUCACUCAGCAGGAUAUAAAAGAAGAAAAAAAAAUGUUUUAAUGAGAGAGCUUUCUUUUCUGAGGUUAUAACAUAAAGAGUACCAAAGGUUGUUAAGGAAAAGAAAGCAAUGCUUUAUUUGACUUGUUCCAAAUUAAAUACUCCGCCUUGUGACUCAUGAGUUCUACCUACCUUCACACUCUCUGAAACUUCACCAUUCUUGAUUCCAACACAGCCUUUAAGCUUGAUCACCAUACCCCCACCUAGUUACUCAAAUAUUUUUCACUUAACUUUUUUUUUUUUUAAUAUUCCGUUUUGGUAACAUUUUGCAAUCUGAAGAAACUGGAAGGCUUUCCAGUUAAGCUCUGAACCCAAAUCCUGGGAAUGCAACUAGAUUCCCAUACUAAAAAAGGAGAGAAAGGACAAUUUAAUAUAAAUUUCUGUUUGUGCAUUUUUGGCAGGCCAUAACUAUUUGCUUUGACAAAGCCUUUUUGAACUGUAGCAUAUAAUGAAUCUUAAUGAUGUUAUGAAAUGAGCCUUUGCUCAGUGCUGUUGAUACUGGCUUCCGGUAUGUGAUAACGGUGUGUCAUGUCUGCAUGGAUGUACUCAACUGUGUUUAAUACUCUGAAUUUUAAUUAGAAAAAA